UGCAAGCCGAUCCACGGUUCAAUGCCGGCAGAAGGGAAAUGGAGAUCUGCACAUGACGGUGCUCACCGCUCCGUGAAACCAAACGGAACCGAAAGAUCAGCAUGGGAAACUCUAACUCUAGAGUUGCCGGUUAUAGCCGAAUGCCAGAAGGUGUGCCUUUGACUGUGGUGCUGCUGGGGAAACACAGGGCUGGGAAGAGUUCAGUGGGAAAUGCCAUUCUGGGGAGGACUGCGUUUAGAAUUUGCAGGACAUUCACCAAGGGGAGUGUGCAGGAACAGGGAAACGUAGAUGACAGGGUGGUCACAGUGGUGCACACACCGGGCUGGAGAGGUUUAGCCGAUACCACCUCAGAGAAGAAGAAAAGGCAAAUGAGAACAAGUAUUUACCGUGGCCCUGAUGGGCUUCUUGGUUUUGUGUUCGUCGUCUCCAUAGACUCAACGCUCACUAGGGAAGAUCGAGAGGUGGCGAAAAAGCACAUGCAGCUAAUCAGCAGUUCUGUGUGGCAACACACUGUACUUGUCUUGACCUCACACAGACGAAGAGAGAGAGACAUUGAAAAGCACACUGAUCUCCAGUGGUUUCUGAGGAUGUGUGGUAACAGGUACGUUGUGUUCGAUAAAGAUAAAGAUAAGGAGCAGGUCACAAACCUACUGACUAAAUUGGUUAAUGUAGCGAUGCGCUACAAUGCGACUGAGAAUUGCUUUGCAUCAGUGGGUCAUGCACAGAGCAGAUGUUGUGAAAUGAGAACAGUAGCAGAAAAUGGACUGGAACAGGAGAACACUGAGCUCCCAGAAGCCACAACCAGUGACGGUAGGAGGAGCACCAUGACCCAGGAAAAUCACUGUGGUCAUCGGGGACAAGACAACCAGACCAAAACAACCAAGAGCGCUGAAACGGGAGAGCUGAACCGAGAUCAAUGUUCAAUUAAAGGUAGUCAGUGAUGAGUAUAAGGCAUAUGUAUACAGUGGGAGCAAUAAUUAAUAAUAAUCCCUUGUUGAUUUUCUAGGUUUGCCGACUUACAAAGAAUGGAACUGUGUAGAAUUUUAAUCAUAGGUACAUUUUAACAUUGAGAGACAGAAUAUCACAAAAUAAUCAUAUGAAUUUUAUAAAUGUAAUAUAUUUUCACAUGAAAUAAGUAUUUGAUCCAUAGAACAAUAGGACUUAAUACUUGGUGGAGAAACCUUUGUUGGCAAGCACAGAGGUCAGACGUUUGUUGUAGUUUUUCACCAGGUUUGCACAGAUCUUGGGAGGGAUUUUGGUCCACUCCUCUUUGCAGAUCCUCUCCAAAUCCUUAAGGUUCCGAGGCUGUC